AUGGGAAGAGAGCUGGACCGAAAUGAUAUGCCAUCUCUUGACGUUCCCAUUGGUCGCAUCAUAGGAUCUACUUCGCUUGCUUUUCGCCCUGAUGUUGAGAUCCCAGAACUGUGCGAGAUCGACUCGGAGACUGAUGAGGGACCUGAAACCCCGCCUGAUGCUAUAACCAGUUACGCAGGGUGGAAUAGAACCAUCAAGUCUGAUAAUCCUCCACCUCUUCAGCGAGCUACACUCAUUGGAGGCGCUGUCGCGCACAAUCUUUCCUAUUCGAGCAGCACGGGACAGCCGGCUCAAUUGGUUGCCAAGAUCUUGGACGAUGAGACCGAAACGCCCCCAAUGCCUUUCCUCAUCCUUCCCGAUGAACGUCGAGGCGGCCCCGACACCAAGAGUACCAGAUCCGCUACGAUGGAUCUACCCGGGACUUGGAGCUCAACGUUUUACAAUCGUGACAAAUCAAACUCUGAGCCUAUUGCUUUGGCCCUUACUGCUCUCAAGGCAGGAGGGGCGCGCGAGGAGAAGGAGGACGAUGAAAGCGAGAAGGAAAAGCUUGGGAGCUUUAAAAUGGAAGAGUUCGUCUUAUCUGAAGACAUCGAUGACUUUGGGGGAAUCAAGGGCCUGACUGCCAAGUUAUAA